UGUUGCGCUGUGGCCGCAGAAAUAACAGUCCACCGGACGCCUAGCCUAACCGGGCUGUGGCAUUGGACACAUCUGUUCUCUGACAGCUCUCCCGAUGCUGUCAUCUGUUCCUCCACCUCGCCCACUCUCUAGGUAACAUUUAUCGUAACGCUUAGCCUAGAACUACAUGCAAUAUGGUUGCGGUAGCUAGAAAUCAUUGCUCCAGUUUCCGAAGACACUAGCUUGUCAAGUCAGUCUUGCUUCUAAUGUUAGCGUGAACGCGUCCAGGGAACAUAUUUUUUUCGGUUUAGUUAGCCAGUUACAGUUAGCUGGCAAGCUAAUCCAGUUAGUCUGUUCAGUAGCUUGUCAGAUGGCCUGCAUAACGUUCAAAUGGUUGUCUAACGAUAAUGUUUUUGGUCUAAUCUACAGCUAUUUAUGCAAGUGUCAACAUGGGAUAAUUUAACGUCACCACAAAAGUUCAGGGACAGGUUUAGUCUAUACUGUGCGACAGCUUGCUAGUUACAUUAGUAGAUCAGUAGCCUCUCAGCAUUGCCAGUCUUAUGAUGGGCGUUAGCUGUUUUUUCCAUCAGUCUGUAGUGUAACGGUCAGCUGGAUGCUGCACAACAGUUUUCGUAUUUUACACUGGACAGAAUCGCCGAAUUUACUGAUGAACGACAUUUUAACCAUCGCAAGUUAACUUAUUGCUUUGGAAAUGCAAACCUAUGCUACACUUCUGCAACUUCUCUUGCAAUUCAAUGGCCACAGCUGAAUUCCUCGGUUGUCUUGGUGUUUAACCUAGCCAUAUGGCUUGCUAUGCAAUUUUCCGUUUCUUGCACCUGCCGAGUCGUGUCAGCUGAAGUUUUAUAGCACAGGUCCAGCGUCGUGAUCCGAACAGCGGAUAGCUUUAGUUGAGUUAAACCACUUGUCAUAUGCCGCUUGUCUGUAAAUUACCAAACCAUAGACGCUUUUGCACACACAAAUCACACACAAAUUACGCUCUGUUUACACACCCCCUCGCUUUUUUGGUCAUACAUAAUGAGUGAUCAUUAUGUGAAGGUAAAAGUUCAGCUUGAACAACUCAAAUCCACGGGCGAGGUGGGGGAGGUAGAGGCGGCGGAGGUGGAACAGGUGUCUACCGAAACACCACCGGCAUCCCUUUCACCUGUUCCCGCGGCCCUUGAGGUCCGGAGGGACACGGCAAAGACUCUCGGCACGGCCAGGAACCGGAGCAAAAGUCGGACUAAGCUCGGCAAUGCUAACAUUAAACCGGACGCUCCCGUUCUUAGCCACCUGGACAAUGCGCCGUCGCUCCGGAUUAAAGGCACCGGUAAGGUUUUGCAGGAGAAAGCGGAGGCCAACGGAAACGUGGUGAGCAGCCAGACACAAAAUGAUACCAAAAGUGCUCAAAGCAAGGAGGAUGCCAACAAACUGCCCAAAAAGAGGAGACCGGUCACUGUGGAUACGUCCAAGGCUAAGACAUCUCUAGAAGCGCUCAAACUCAGCAUUCGGCAGCUCAAAUGGAAAGAGUUCCCUACCGGUCGUCGCGCUGCCUGUGACAUCUACUGGCAUGGGGUGUCCUUCCACGACAACGAGAACAUCGUCUCUGGACAGGUCAACAAGUUCCCAGGGAUGGUGGAGAUGCUGCGGAAGAUCAACCUGAGCCGUGCGGUUCGGACCAUGCAGGAGCUCUUCCCAGAGGAGUACAACUUCUACCCACGCUCCUGGAUCCUUCCUGAAGAGUACCAGAUCUUUGCCACGCAGAUCCGGCUGGCGAAGGAAUGCGACUCUUCCUCGCCGCGGCCGACCUUCAUCGUCAAGCCGGACAGCGGUUCCCAGGGCGACGGCAUCUACCUGAUCCGCGACCCGUCGGACCUGCGCUCCGUGGCGACGGGCGGCCUGGGCGGUGGGUCCGGCGCGGUCCGGCAGGCCGUGGUCCAGGAGUACAUGCAGCGCCCCCUGCUGAUCGACAAGCUGAAGUUCGACGUGCGGCUCUACGUCCUGGUGCGCUCCCUGGAGCCGCUGGAGAUCUACGUGGCCAAGGAGGGCCUCUCCCGGUUCUGCACGGAACCCUACCAGGAGCCCAGCGCCAAGAACCUGCACCGGGUCUUCAUGCACCUGACCAACUACUCGCUGAACGUCCAGAGCGGGAACUUUGUGCACUCGGACAGCCGCAGCACGGGCAGCAAGCGCACGUUCUCCAGCGUGCUGGGGCGACUGGCCUCCAAGGGCGCCGACGUCAAGCGCGUCUGGUCCGACAUCAUCGCGCUGGUCAUCAAGACGGUCAUCGCCCUCGUGCCGGAGCUCAAGGUGUUCUACCAGGCCGACAUCCCGCCGGGCAGGCCAGGGCCCACCUGCUUUCAGAUUCUGGGCUUUGACAUCCUUCUGAUGAAGAAUCUGAAGCCUGUCCUGCUGGAGGUCAACUCCAACCCCAGUAUGAGGAUUGAACACGAACAAGAGGUGGCUCCGGGGGUGUUUGAGUACGUGCCCAGUCCGGUGGACGAGGAGGUCAAGGUGGGGGUCAUCAGGGACACACUGAGGCUCAUGGACCCGCUGAAGAAACAACACACAACCGUGGCGGAGCAGGAGGAGAUCCUGGUGGAGGCGGGGUCGGUGGAGAAGGCGUGUCCUGCUGGGGAGGAGCUGGCGCUGCCGUCGCUGUGCCUGAAGCAGGUGUUCCCCAAGUACACCAAGCAGUUCAGCCACCUGCGCUCCGUGGACCGCAUCGCCUCCCUCUUCCUGCGCUUCCUCGGGGUCAAGGGCACCAUGAGGAUGGGCCCCACGGGCUUCAGGACCUUCAUCAGGAACUGUAAGUUGAGUAACAGCAGUCUGUCCAUGGCCUCGGUGGACAUCCUCUACAUCGACAUCACGCGGCGCUGGGCCGGCAUGCUCCCCGACUCCAGAGAAGCAGGGAUGACUCUGCAGGCGUUUGUGGAGGCCUUCUUCUACCUGGCGGGCCGGCGCUUUAAGUCCCUCCCCCUGCGGGAGCAGGUUCUGUCUCUGCUGGAGCAGUGUGAGAGCGCCCUCCAGGGGCCGGGAGGACAAGACGACAACAAGCCACGCCCACCCAGACUUAGCCACGCCCCCUCCAUCAACCCCGCCGCCAUCAAGACCAACUCACCGGCGCCCGCGCGCCGUAGCCAUGACUACCGGCUGCACCAGACACUGCGGCCGACCGCGAAAGGGAACACGGAGCACUGAGUGUGCGCGCGCACACACACACACACACACACACACACACACACACACACAGGCGAACCCCAGUGACUGGUGGAGCAAAAGUGAAACUCUUCUAGACCUGUUUGCUUUACGUAUCUGAUAGGAAGUAUGUGUGUGUGUGAUUUUAAAGAGGGUGGAGGAGGGGGUGAGUGCUUGCUUUUGGUUUGUAAAAAAACUCUCCCUCCACAACCUCAGUCGCAGAAAAUGUACAGUUGUACAGGGAGAAUGUGUGUGUGUGUGUGUGUGUGUGUGUAUGCGCAAGUGCAAUCUCAAUGGCUCUAUUUUCAGGGAAAUCUAUGGAGCUUAAACUCACCACAUUAUUCACACAGACACAGACACACACACAGACACACACACAGACACACACACACACACACUUCUUUUCCCUCUCUGUCACACAACUCUAUCACAGCCCACUGUGUGUUUGUGACACGGAGCCUUAUUUGCACUGCCCUCCUCUUCAGUAUUUAUUGCACAUAAGACACUUGAGUGAUGUGUGUGUGUGACCCAAUCAAAGGCAGGGCCAAACCCCACUCUUCCUGGCUCAACCAAUCAAGGCCUGAGUAAGAGUGUUGGCAUUAUUUCCCAUGAUCCUUUGACUUCUGGUCUGCAGCUACUUUGACCUCACAGCCUCGUGACUGACCGUCUCCACCGGAGAGCACUACGCGUUUACUUCCUCUAUUUAUCAUUUAUAUUCUAGAGAGUUCUCUUUAUUUUCUGUUGAAAUUAAGUUUAUUUUGUGAGGAUUUUGACUCUUUUUUUUAUUUUCACUUGAAAACUAGCAUGUCUCACUCUCUCUCUCUCUCACACACACACACACACACACGGUAGGCCUGGACAAAGAGCUCUGCCGUGAUUCUGUUCAGACGUAGCAGACACAACGGAACAGUUCUCCGGGUUCUUGGUAGAAACACACUCCAGCAUGUUGGCAGACUGCAGCCCAUUCUUGCACGGUUCUGCCUCAGAACUUGGUCAGAGGCCUGUCCGAGAGAGCGGGCCGGUGUUAGGGUCUCCAUAUGAGGGUGUGUGUGAAAGAUCCAUAUUAGUGCCGUUUGAGUGUCUCACACCCCAUCAGGUAUUACUGCGACUUCUUCAACUCGGCUGGGAUGGGACUUAAUAAACAG